AUGAAGGAAGAAACAACAUUACAAGAGGAGGAGAAAAAGGAAAUAAAUCCUGUAGAUCUAAAGGAAAUACCUGUAUGGCUUCCCUUACAAAGAUGCAGAGGAUUAGGAUGGAUGCAUGGCAGUCAUUGGGGGUGUAUAGGCAUUAUUGAUUCAGGUCUUGAUGCAGCAAUCUUCUCUCGUGUCCAGCUAGUAGGAGGGGAGGAGGGGGAUUCUCUUUCUGCUGCUGCUGCUCCUGUUGUUGCUCCUGCUCCUGCAGCAGCAGCAGCAGCAGAAGCAGGUGGUCGUGGGGGGCGUGAGGCAGAAGGAGAUGCUGUUCUUCGUGUCUUAGAUAAUGUUACACCUGUAGAGAUGGAGGCAGCACCAGGAGAGGCGGCAGAGGUGGAUAUGGGUGGUGCAGCAGCAGCAGGAGCAGCAGGAGGAGGAGGAGGAGCAGCAGCAGAUAUGUUUGCUGCGCUCCUGCUUCCUUCUUCUCCUUUUAUUAAAAAAGAUGCAAAAAUUGUUGAAGGGGAUUUUACUGUCUUGCAUAAGGUUAAAGAUUAUGCAGCAGAAACAGACGAAAUAGGGGAGCUGCAAGUUUGUUGCGGGGAAAUGCUGUGGCACCCAAGGCCUCCUCUACUCAUUGCCUGCCGCAGCCUUUGGGCAUCACCGCAGCGCAUGCGGCUGUCUAAAACAGCAAAUAACUCAGAUGCUGCUGCUGCUGCUGUUGCUGCAGCAGCAGCAGCAGCAGGAGGAACAGCACCUGAUGAAUUUCUUGUACUGUCCGAUGUAGAGGAAGGAGAAGAAGGGAAAGCUGCUGCAGCAGAGGAAAGCCAACAAACAUUUCGAGCAGCGGGAUUACCAAAGGCAGCGCUGCAUGCGCUAAAAGGAACAUUAAAAGAUAGAGAAGCAUUUAGUCGUAUUGCAGCAGAGACGGCUACGAUGUCCGUACAGUCGCUUCGCCAAAUGCCUGCGACUCUCACGCGGCUUUCCAGUGCAACGGCUGAGGUUCUCUACAAGGCGUCAGCAGAUUGGGCUGCUGCAGGCAGUGCUGCUAUUCAAGCUGCUGCAACAUCUGCAGCAAAGAUGCAAAAGACUUUAAGGGACUUAUACGGGAAGAGCAGCAGCAGCAACAGCAAUAGCAGCAGCGGCAGCAACAGCAACAGCAGCAGCAACACAAACAAUGAUAAAGAUAAAGAUAGCCAUGCCUAG